CUGGGAAAUGCCCCCCCCCUUUGUUUUCCAGGAAGGGAAAUCGGCCAUGUGAGGUUUAGCUCCCGGUGACUGUGGGCUUCUUCAAGGAGGAUUUGGCUCUGCUGGAUCGAAGGCUCUCUGUACGAGGAAGACAUGAGGGAGGAUUAGAGCUGGUGAUGUACAAAAGAAAAUAAAUAAAAGAGCACAUCAAGUGUCCAAGGAAAUCGAUAAGUGGCCAGACUUUUUGGAGAAUGUUGGGAAUUGAGAUGGGAUAAACCACCCAGAAAAAAAGCAAAGAAAGAAAGAAAAAAUGUCUAGAUUCUGAUCUCCAUGUAAUGAUAGUACAACAAAAACCAACUGAAGGAAAGAGAGAGAGAAGUGUUCUUUGUGUGGAAAAAUGUUUAAUUGUAAAUCCACCCUUGAUGACCAUUGUAAAACCCGUACAGCAAAGAAACGAUAUAAAUGCUUUGAGUGUGGAAAGAGUUUCAGGGACAAUGCUGACCUUCGCACCCAUCAAAGAAUUCAUACAGGUGAGAAACCCUUUGAAUGUCUAGAGUGUGGGAAAGCAUUUAGGUGGAGUGGGGGACUUACUGUCCAUCAGAGAAUACACUCAGGAGAGAAACCAUUUCAGUGCUUGGAAUGCGGAAAGAAAUUCAGCCGGAACUGUAACCUUCAAGUACAUCAACGAACUCACACAGGGGAAAGGUCAUUUAAAUGUCUGGAGUGUGGAAAGAGUUUCAGGUACAAGGGAGGCCUUACUACUCAUCAGAGAAUUCACACAGAAGAGAACCCAUUUAAAUGCCUUGAGUGUGGAAAGAGUUUCCGGCAGAGUACAGACCUUCUCGCCCAUCAAAGAACACACACAGGGGAGAAACCAUUUGACUGUGUGGAGUGUGGGAAAGCAUUUAGGUGGAGGCAGACACUUACUGUCCACCAGAGAAUCCACUCAGGGGAGAAACCAUUUAAAUGCAUGGAAUGUGGACGGAGAUUCCGCCAGAGUGGUGGUCUUCGAGUCCAUCAAAGAACUCACACAGGGGAGAAACCAUUUAAGUGUCUUGAGUGUGGAAAGAGUUUCAGUCAGGCUUCUCUCCUUAGUCUCCAUCAAAGAACUCAUACAGAUGAGAAACGAUAUAAAUGUCUAGAGUGUGGAAAGAGCUUCAACCAGAAGGAUAAGCUUAAUUCCCAUCAGAGAAUUCACACAGGAGAGAAACCGUUUGAAUGUAUGAAGUGUGGAAAGAGUUUCAGGGACAGUACUGAACUUCUCAAACAUGAAAGAACACAUACAGGUGAGAAACCAUUUGACUGCCUGGAGUGUGGAAAAGCAUUUCGUUGGAGCUGGGCACUUACUGUCCAUCAGAGAAUCCACUCGGGGGAGAAACCAUUUCAGUGCUUGGAAUGUGGAAAGAAAUUCAGCCGGAAGUGUAACCUUCAAGUACAUCAAAGAACUCACACAGGGGAAAAACCAUUUAACUGUCUGGAGUGUGGAAAGAGUUUCAAUUACCAGGAAAGCCUUACUAUUCAUCAAAGAACUCAUACAGGAGAGAAGCCAUUUAAAUGCCUGGAGUGUGGAAGAAGUUUCUGUCAUGAGCGAAGCCUUACUCAUCACCAGAGAAUUCAUACAGGAGAGAAGCCAUUUAAAUGCCUGGAGUGUGGAAAGAGUUUCAGGGACAGUGCUGUCCUUCUCAACCAUCAAAGAACGCACACAGGGGAGAAACCAUUUAUCUGUUUGAAGUGUGGAAAGGCAUUUAGUCAGAGGGGGACACUUACUGUCCAUGAAAAAAUCCACUUAGGGGAUAGACCAUUUAAGUGCUUGGAGUGUGGAAAGACAUUCAGUCAGAAGGGUGCCCUUCAAUAUCAUCAGAGAAUGCACACAGGAGAAAAACCAUUUAAAUGCCUAGAGUGUGGAAAGAGUUUCAGGGACAAUGCUGACCUUCUCGCCCAUCAAAGAACACACACAGGGGAGAAACCAUUUGACUGCCCGGAGUGUGGAAAAGCAUUUCGUUGGAGGGGGGCAUUUACUGCCCAUCAGAGAAUCCACUCAGGCGAAAAACCAUUUCAAUGCUUGGAGUGUGGAAAGAAAUUCAGCCGGAAGUGUGCCCUCCACGUACAUCAAAGGACUCAUACAGGUGAGAAACCAUUUACAUGUCUGGAGUGUGGAAAGAGUUUCAAUCAGGCCUCUUCCCUUAAAAUCCAUCAAACAGUUCACACAGAGGAACGACCGUAUAAAUGCCUGGUGUGUGGAAAGAGCUUCAGACAUACCCCAGCUCUUAAUUCCCAUCAAAGAAUUCACACUGGGGAGAAACCAUUUAAAUGCCUGGAGUGUGAAAAGGGCUUCCACCGGAAGCGUGAUCUUGUUUUGCAUCAGAGAACACACACAGGAGAGAAACCAUUUGAAUGCCUGCAGUGUGGAAAGAGAUUUAGCCAGACAAAGUCCCUUGUUUCACAUCAAAGAACUCACACAGGUGAAAAACCAUUUAAAUGCCUGCAGUGUGGAAAGAGCUUUAGACAGAAAAGUGACCUUGUUUCACAUCAGAGAACUCACACAGAUGAGAAACCAUUUCAAUGCCUGGAGUGUGGAAAGAGCUUCAGGCAGAGUUCUGACCUUCUGUCCCAUCAAAGAAUACACUCGGGUGAGAAACCAUAUAAAUGUCUACAAUGCGGAAAGGGCUUCAGCCAGAUAUCAAAACUUAAUUCUCAUCAAAGAAGUCACAUAGAGGAGAAACCAUAUGAAUGCCUGGAAUGUAGGAACGGCUUCAACCGGAACAAUGAGAUUGCUUCACAUCAGAGAAUUCACACGGGGGAGAAACCGUUUGAAUGUUCAUGCUGUGGAAAGGAUUUCAGUUACGAGCGAAGCCUUACUACUCGUGAGAUAAUUCACACAGAAGGGUACCCAUUUAAACGCCUGGAGUGUAGCAAAGAUUCCAUUGAAAGUGCUGACCUUCUCAACCAUCAAAGAACAAACACAGGGGACAAAUCAAUUGACUACCUGGGGUGUGGAAAGAUUUUCAAUCCAAUGGAAUCCCUGAUUUCACAUCAAAAAACUCACAGAGAGAGUGACACCCUGGAACACCCUUCUCGUACAGUAGUCCUGGGGCAGCAUGAGGGAUCCCGUGGGAGCGGUGCCUCACCUGUGGUUCCCAACGCCCCAUUCAACCCUGUCCUAAGCCCAGUCAUCAGUGCAAACUGUCCUCCCACUUCCCAGGGAUCAACAGAGCACCAAUUGCAGUGUAUCAGGUGGGAUACUCAAAGUCGUGAUGGGAGAGAUCUCCUGACACCCAGAAUACCAUUUUGUCCAGGAGCUACGCUGGAAAAAGGGCCUAUUUAUGUGUAGAAAGACCCAGAUGGGACCACCAAUAAGCAUUUUGUCUAGUGUGUACUCACGAGGAAGGGCCUACUCAUUUUUGUGGUGGAAGCCCCAACUGCUGAAUCAAGGUCAGCCAGAACAUACGUCCUUCCCCCAGACUUUUCCUUUGUUAACUGCUCCCUUGGAGCAAUUUGACUCCGUUUACGGGCUCGUGUCAGGAGAAACUAUUUUAAGGGUUUAGAUUGUAAAAUGAAAGGUGGAGCACACCUUUCAUUUCACACAAAGGUUUAAUUGCUUAUGUAAGGGAGAAUCAGUAGAAAUGCUCCUAAUACAGUUGUUCUCAUAAAAACAACCUUAAUAGACAUCAGAGCAUUCAAUUUCAUGACUGCCCAAGUGGCUGUGCAUAUGUGUCACACACAGACGCACACUGUGCAACGUGCUUUAGGGAGUAGAAAUCUUGCUAUAAAUGAAACCGUUGGCAUGCUAGAGAAAUCAUUUAAAGACAUAGAAUGAGAGGGGUUUGCAGGGGGGAUUAAUGUACAUUGAAAAGCCUAUCUGAAUGCCUGGUGUACGGACAGAUCUUGGAAUGUUUAUUCACCAGACACAUUAGAAUAUUAAUUGUCUCCCUCUAUAUUUAUCUGUAUGUCGCCCUGAGAUCCCAGUGGUAAUAGGGCAGGAUAUAAAUGUUUUAAUAAAUAUUCUGUUUCCAUGUGGUUUCCAUUUUGUUCUGUCCAGCUGCACCCCCUUCCAUUGCUUUAAAUCUUUAUGAUCUGGCAGAGUGGGGAAUUUAUUUUUA